GAUGUGGAUGAAAUCAAUCCAGUGCUGUGGAAUGGCAAUGGCAUUUUCAUCGCCAAGGAGUUCGGUCACAACCACAUUGCACAGUACCUGCUGACCAAAGGUGGCACUGUCGUAGUCCGCAACUGCCACACCAUUGACACCCAUGAGAUGAAAUGGUCCAUCGGUCGUGGGGAUGCCUUCGUGUACAAGUCGCUGAAAGUGGAGCGUCCUGGGGCAGGCGUGAUUGACAAUGCCUACAUCCCAGAGUGGGAGAGUUAG